GUAUUGUAGCUGGAAAAUGAAUGCCAGACAACUCGGACCCGUGGACAACUCGGCCCACGUCGAGACAGCUCGGCCCAGAGUUCUGAGACAACUCGGCCCACCGCAAGGCAUCCCUCAGUGUAUAGAGGAAAGGUAAAGCAUAAAGUGUUGUAAUAGGUCCUUAAUAAAUCAUAAAAUAACAUAAUAAUGGUAUCAGCGAUAAACUUAGUAUUAGGAAUAACACAUUUCACGUAUUCACGUACCGUUAUAGGUAGUAUAUUCAUGACAUUCCUGCUUUCAUUUAUAGGUCCAUUGUGGAGGAACCCCCCCCCCCAGGAGCAGGCCGCCACAGCUGAUGAUGAACCACACUAUCAAAUUCUUGAUGCAGUUUCUCAAUGAGGGAAACGAAAAUUAGUCAACAACGGUUACUCGUAUACCGUUAAGGUAUACUAUUUCGCAAAUACUAUACAGUUAAUCAGAACAAAUAUUAUUAAUUAUUGUUUUAUGUUUAGUGUAUUUAUUAUUAAUUUAUUAUUAAUUAUUAUUAUUAAUAAUUAUUCUUUCUUGCAGAGACAACGUGGCGAUGGUACAACGUGGCGUUGUUCCGUGAGGAACAGCAAGAUGACGUGCCCAGCCACUGUUCAGCAGACCAGCGACACCUUCGUCAACGGAACCAGGACACACGUCCACGGACCGGAGGGCGGCAUCCAGACAACGCUUGCCGUCAAAGCGAAGAUGAAGGAAACUGCUAAAACUGACGUUUUCCAGCCGGCGAGCGCCAUCGUUGAGGGUGUCAUUAUUGACGACCUCGAUGUACAGCAGACCUCGGAUGCACUACCUGGACCCAGCAGCCUGGCCCGUAUGGCAAACCGUGUGCGUGCCAAGCUGAGACCAGCAGAGCCACGUGACUUGCUCUUUGAGAUCGCUGAGAACUUCAUACCAGCAGACUUCUUACGGGCCGACGUCCGGGUAAACACACAUAGACACAUAGUGUUCGCGACGGAGAGACAGCUGACUCUACUGGUCAACGCAAGGAGAUGGUACCUGGACGGUACCUUCAAGGUGGUGAAGGAUCCCUUUGUACAGCUUUUUUCGAUACAUGCUUUCCUGAGGCAUGACGACGCCACGAAGCAAGUGCCACUUGCCUUUGUCUUCAUGUCGCGGCGAAAGAGUAAAGACUACAGAGCCGUCUUCCGCGCCAUCGACGAUCUCCUGCCACAACGAGCAGCAGUACUUGAAUUCGUAGCAGACUUUGAGACAGGGAUGUGGAAGGGGAUCCGGGAAGUAUAUCCUGGCUUGCCAAUCAAGGGGUGCUGCUUCCAUUGGAACCAGGCUGUCUGGAGGAAGGUGCAGGAGCUCGGACUUGCACAACAAUACCUAAAUGACGACGGCACGUGCAAAUUCAUAAAGAAGAUCUUCGCCCUCCCGUUCCUUCCUGCAGAACACGUGGAAGCAGCCUUCGACGGUCUAAGAAGAGCAACCCAAGUUCCAGGACUGGUGACCCUUUUGGAUUACGUUGACCGCACAUGGAUGAGGAGCAGCGUGUGGUCGGUGGACGCCUGGUCAGUUUUUAACCAGUGUGUGAGGACGAACAACGAUGUGGAGGGCUGCAUCACAGACUGAACCAUCGUGCCCUCGGAACAGCCCCUCCCUUUUACAAGCUGAUCCCAAUGCUGCACAACGAGGCCAGGCUGAUUCCGCUGAUAUGCCGGUUCGUGUCGGAGAGGAAGAUGCGACGGCGACAGAGGAAGGCCUUUGUAGAUGUACAGGGCAAAAUCUUUCAACUGUGGGGACGGUACACAGCUGGUGACGUGUCGACGUCUAGGUUUUUAUCAGCUUGUGGGAAACUCUACGCCCUUGUUGCCCACUGACUUUUAUCACAUCUUUCUAUGUUCUUUUGGUGAUUCUGUAUUAUAAAAUAUAUGUAGGUGGUCGAAUUAAAAAUAAAAGAGAAAAUGUACUUUCUCGUUCUGCUUCCCGUUUUUUUUUAAUACACCACUCUUGCAUGUAGCACGUUGCGGCAGUCAUUUUGAUGUAACAGAAAUUGGUCUGCACAUGUCGUAAUUUUACUGCUUUGGCAUAUAAAUACUGUAUUGAUUGAGAAAUACUAGGAUAAACUGUUCAAUUCUGCUACUUGAAAAUCUGAUUUCGACAUAUAGCCGCUUUCCGCAAGUAUCAAUGAACCCGUAUCAAUAACUCGGGUCCGAGUUGUCAAUGGGUCCGAGUUGUCUGGUCCCCCUGGAAAAUGUAGAAUAGUAUUUCCGUAAAUAUCGUAUUCGUGUUUUUGUCAUUAGGUGAACGCAGUUUGGGACGUCGAUGGUAAAUACAAAAUUAAAAGUGUUUUGGAAAUAACAAAAAGAUACAAAAUUUGUGUCCAAUUUAGACGGGAUUCCUACUCGAGACAGCGCAGAAUGCGGUUGUGUUUAGCAAACGUCGAGGUUUCUCUCCCCCCCACCCUUGGGGCUGUGCUGCACGAGCUUGGCCGCUUAGCCAAGUAUCGUGUUGAACACAAUGGGAGCACGGCUAUUGUCACCUUGUAUUAUGGUGACAAUAAACAGAAGAGAUCGGGAAGUAGGAGGAGACGUCGUCCCACGGCAGCUCAGGGGGGACCAAACCAGGCGGCUCAACCGCCAGGGGCGGUCCCUCCUGCUUCACAGAAGAAGACGAGACCGGCAGGGGCGGUUCAGGGGGAGCCAAAACCGGCAGCUCAACUGCCGGCGGCGGCCCCUUCUGCAUUGCCGUCCCCCACUACUCGGAAGCAGCAGACGCCAGGAGCGGCAAAGGGGGAGCCAAAGCUGUCGGCUAAACCGGCAGUGG